AUGUUUAAGUGGUUUAUAUUUGUUACUCUUCUGGGAGUAUUAUUUCUCACAAAUCCUUGUAAAGCCGAAGAUGAAGUUGAAACAUCAACAUCACUUCCACCAAAAGUUGAUGAUGAUAUAGGAAAACAUGCAGAUGGAUCAAAGACAGAUGAUGAAGUUGUUCAAAAAGAAGAAGAAGCCAUUAAAUUGGAUGGUUUAAGUGCUAAAGAAUUUCGAACAUUAGUUGAUGCAUCGGAAAAACAUGAAUUUCAAACAGAAGUUAAUCGUAUGAUGAAAUUGAUUAUCAAUUCAUUAUACAAAAAUAAAGAAAUCUUUCUACGUGAACUUAUAUCUAAUGCAUCCGAUGCACUUGAUAAAAUUCGUUUUCUAUCACUUACUGAUAAGAGUGUACUUGGUGAUAAAGAAGAAUUAACAAUACGUAUUAAAAUUGAUCGUGAUAAUCGAAUGUUACAUAUAACAGAUACUGGUAUUGGAAUGACAAGAGAUCAUCUUGUUAAAUUUCUUGGUACAAUUGCAAAAUCGGAUACAUCAGAAUUUUUAAAUCGAGUUCAAGAUGUACAAACAGAAGGUGGAUCAAUGAGUGAUCUUAUUGGACAAUUUGGUGUUGGAUUUUAUUCAAGUUUUCUUGUCGCUAAUAAAGUUAUUGUUACAUCAAAAAAUAAUGAUGAUGAUCAAUAUAUUUGGGAAUCUGAUUCAACUUCAUUUAAUGUUUUUAAAGAUCCUCGUGGUAAUACACUUGGUCGAGGAACAACAGUCAGUCUUCUUUUGAAAGAAGAAGCUGGCGAAUAUUUGGAACAAAAUACACUUGAUGAUAUUAUUCGUAAAUAUUCACAAUUUAUUAAUUUUAAUAUUUAUUUAUGGAAAUUUACAACUACUAAAGAACAAGUACCUGAAGAUGAUGAAGUUGUUACUGAAGAGAAAAAAACCGAUGAAACUGAUACGAAAUCAGAUGAAGAUGCUGCUGUUGAAGAAGAAAAAGUAGAAGAAAAGAAAAAGAAAAUGAAAACUGUUGAUAAAACUGUUUGGAAUUGGGAAUUAAUGAAUGAAAGUAAACCAAUAUGGCAACGAAAACCAUCCGAAGUAACCGAUGAAGAUUAUCUAGCAUUUUACAAAACAUUUAGUAAAGAAACUGAAACUCCUAUGAUUUACAGUCAUUUUACUGCUGAAGGCGAAGUAACAUUUAAAUCAAUUCUUUAUAUUCCAAAAAAUGCACCAAUGGAUUUAUUUACAAAUUAUAAUCGUCCAACUGAUGCGAUUAAACUUUAUGUUCGUCGAGUAUUUAUUACGGAUAAUUUUGAAGAAAUGAUGCCAAAAUAUUUAUCAUUUAUUCGUGGUGUUGUUGAUAGUGAUGAUUUACCAUUGAAUGUUUCACGUGAAACUUUACAACAAUCAAAAUUACUUAAAGUUAUUAAGAAAAAACUUGUACGAAAAGCUUUAGAUAUGAUAAAAAAAAUUUCUCCAGAAGAUUAUGAAGCUUUUUGGAAAGAAUAUGGUACAUCUGUAAAAUUAGGUAUUAUUGAAGAUUCAGCAAAUCGUACACGUUUAGCUAAAUUACUUCGUUUUACAACAUCAUUAUCAAAAAAUAAACAAAUCAGUUUAACAGAAUAUGUUGAACGUAUGAAACCUAAUCAAGAACAUAUUUAUUUUAUAGCUACAUUAUCAAUGGAUAGUGCAAAGAAAUCUCCAUUUGUUGAACGUACUUUAAAAAAAGGUUAUGAAGUUAUAUAUUUAACUGAUCCUGUUGAUCAAUAUUGUAUGCAAUCAUUACCUGAAUUUGAAGGAAAACGAUUUCAAAAUCUUGCAAAAGAUGGUCUUGAAUUAGACAAAUCAAAUGCAAAAGAAGAAGAAGAAAAAAAACAUUUAGAAAAAACUUAUCAACCAUUAUUAGUAUGGCUUAAAGAACAAUUUCGUGGAAAAAUUCUUGAAGCAAAAAUAUCCGAACGUCUUGUUAAAACACCCAUGGCACUUGUCGCUUCACAAUAUGGUUAUGAUGGAAAUAUGGAACGAAUUGCUCGUGCACAAACUUAUCAAAAAAGUGGUGGAGAUGCAACACAAAAUUAUUAUUUAAAUCAAAAGAAAACAUUAGAUAUUAAUCCACGUCAUCCACUUAUUAAAGAUUUACUUCGACGUGUUAUAGAUUCGAAAGAUGAUAAAGUUGCAAGUGAUUUAGCUACUGUUAUGUAUGAAGCAGCAACACUUCGAUCAGGUUUUGAUUUAAAUGAUUCAGAUGGUUUUGCUGAUCGUAUUGAAUCAAUGUUACGACGAGCUAUGGGUGUUUCAUUAGAUGAAAAAAUUGAUGAUGAACCACAAGAUGGAGAAGAAACUAAUAUAAAUCAAGAUGAAAAUAUUAUCGAUGGUGAUGAUGAUGAUGAUAGUACACAUACAAAAUCAAAAAAAGAUGCAGAUCAAGAACAUUAUGAUCUGUAA